AUAGAGCUCAGCUGGUAUUUCCCACAACAACAUCCUGCUAGCUGUCAGUUUGUCUAGUUGUCCCCAGGCACUCGGACCCGGUUGAGGACGAACACCCUCUGGAUUCAGGGCCAGUGAAAAUGAACAAAUUAUUAAUUCAGCUGACGCUCCUGCUGGGAGUCACUGGCUUGAGUUUUGGUGCAAUUCAGAGACCAGACUACGAUGACACCCCCAACCCUGAGUUCCUCAACUCGUCCUGGAUGGCCACCAUCCCCGACGAUCAGCCGCUGUCUGAGGUCACCAUGCCGGGCACCCACAACACCAUGGCCCUGUAUGGUGGCGUCUAUGCCGAGUGCCAGACCUGGACCCUGGCCUCCCAGCUCCGUGCCGGUAUCCGCUUCCUGGAUAUCCGCGUGCGCCACGUGGACGGGAACCUCACCAUCCACCACGGGGUGUCCUACCAGCGAGCGCACUUCGGUCACGUCCUGGAGGGCGUGGCGGAGUUUCUGCACGAGCAUCCGAGUGAGACGGUGCUGAUGCGCUUAAAGGAGGAGUUCAGCGAGACGAACGACAUCUACGGCGCCGUGGUGAACUACAUCCACAGCUACGCUCACUGGGACCUGCUCUGGCACAGCCGACUGGUGCCGACCAUGGGAGAGGCCCGGGGGAAACUCAUCAUCCUCCAAGACUUCUCUGGGCCAGACCUGGGGAUGCGGUAUGGUUCUCUGGACAUAGCUGACCGCUGGAAGGUCCCCUCACUCUUGUAUGUGGAGGAGAAAUGGCAGAGUGUCUAUGACCACCUAGAGGCUGCGCCCGUGGGAAACAUGGCGCAGAUCUUCCUCACCUACAGCAGUGGAGCCGGUGUCUUUGCCUUCCCCAGGGCCGUCGCACAGCGCGUCAAUGCGCAGCUGUACAACUACCUGUGGGCCAAAACAAACGUGAACCAGCGCUUUGGCAUCAUAUGCAUGGACUUCCCCGCUGCUCCCAUGAUUCAAAUGAUCAUUGACUUCCAACUAAGAGGGACCACAAAGAAAAGGCAGGCGUUGAACCCAGCACCUAGCGAGGCAGGUCUGAAACAAACGGCUUCACUCACAAACAAGAUAUUGAAACUUUUGACAGAUAAUGUCUGAGCCAGACUGUAGCUAUAAAAUGACUACAUUUAAAUUGUAGAAAGAAGUUAGAACAAAAUACAUUUCACUUCAGACUAAUUCAGAAAUGGAAAGUUUUGUUCAUUAAUAAACUACUGUGUAAACUGCUA